AAGGCUGUCAAGUGAACGGGGGGUCAUUUGGACUGUUCGUUUUUGGAGUACACCUCGUCGACGUCGGCCGCUCCAAAGCCAAACUUUCCAAACCCAAAGUUUUCCCCUGAAAGUCACAUUUCUUCACAGGAUUUGGCCCUCCACCUUAAACCAAGAUGUCCAAGAAGGCCCCAAGUGAGGAUGAGAAAUUCCUCUUUGUUGACAAAGACCUCCUGAACAGCCCCAUGGCACAGGCCGACUGGUCGGCCAAGAAGCUGGUGUGGAUCCCAUCGGAGAAGCAUGGCUUCGAGGCAGCGAGCAUCAAGGAGGAGCGUGGUGACGAGGUGUUGGUAGAGCUGGCCGACAGCGCCAAGAAACUGACUGUCAACAAGGAUGACAUCCAGAAGAUGAACCCUCCCAAGUUCAGCAAGGUGGAGGACAUGGCGGAGCUCACCUGCUUGAACGAGGCCUCAGUGCUGCACAAUAUCCGCGAGAGAUACUUCUCUGGUCUUAUUUAUACGUACUCUGGCCUGUUCUGCGUGGUGGUGAACCCCUAUAAAAUGCUGCCCAUCUACUCCGAGAAGAUCAUUGACAUGUACAAAGGAAAGAAAAGACACGAAGUGCCCCCUCAUAUCUACUCCAUCACUGACAACGCCUACAGAAACAUGAUGCAAGAUCGUGAGGACCAGUCCAUUCUCUGCACUGGGGAGUCUGGUGCUGGGAAGACAGAGAACACCAAGAAGGUCAUCCAGUAUCUGGCUGUCGUGGCCUCCUCACACAAAGGCAAAAAAGACAGCAGUGCUCAACAAUCAGGAGCACAGUUUGCCUACGGGGAGCUGGAGAAACAGCUCCUGCAGGCCAACCCCAUCCUGGAAGCCUUCGGAAAUGCCAAGACCAUCAAAAAUGACAACUCCUCUAGAUUUGGAAAAUUCAUUCGUAUUAACUUUGAUGUGACUGGCUACAUUGUUGGAGCCAAUAUUGAGACAUAUCUGCUGGAGAAGUCUCGCUGUAUCAGACAGGCAAAGACAGAGAGAGCUUUUCACAUCUUCUACUACAUGAUUGCUGGAGCCCAAGACAAACUGCGAGAGGAGCUUCUCCUGGAGCCAUUCAGUAAUUAUCGCUUCCUGAGUGCGGGUCAUGUCCAGAUCACUGGCCAGCAAGAUGACGAGAUGUAUGAAGAGACCAUGGAGGCCAUGACGAUCAUGGGCUUCAGUGACGAGGAGAGAAUCGAUAUCCUCAAAGUUUGCUCCACGGUGAUGCAGCUUGGAAACAUUGAGUUCAAGAAAGAGAGGAACCAGGAGCAGGCCACUAUGCCAGACAACACUGCGGCUCAGAAGGUGUGUCAUCUGCAGGGCAUCAACGUGACAGACUUUACCCGUGCCAUACUCACACCUCGAAUCAAAGUGGGCCGAGAGGUGGUGCAGAAGGCUCAGACCAAAGAACAGGCUGACUUUGCUAUUGAAGCUCUGGCUAAGGCUGUGUUUGAACGGCUGUUUCGCUGGAUUCUAUCCCGAGUCAACAAGGCCCUGGAUAAAACCAAGCGCCAAGGAGCCUCCUUUCUGGGAAUCCUCGACAUUGCCGGCUUUGAGAUCUUUGAGGAUAACUCAUUUGAGCAGCUGUGCAUCAACUACACCAAUGAGAAGCUACAGCAGCUCUUCAACCACACCAUGUUCAUCCUGGAGCAGGAGGAGUAUCAGAGGGAGGGCAUCGAGUGGCACUUCAUUGACUUUGGCCUUGACCUGCAGCCUUGCAUUGAGCUCAUCGAGAGACCAAAUAACCCCCCUGGCAUCCUGGCCCUGCUGGAUGAAGAGUGCUGGUUCCCCAAAGCCACAGACAUCUCCUUUGUGGAGAAACUCAUGAAUACACAAGGGAACCAUAUCAAAUUUGCCAAACCUAAACAGCUCAAAGACAAGACAGAGUUUUCUGUUUUGCAUUAUGCUGGAAAAGUGGAUUAUAAUGCCACUUCCUGGUUGACGAAGAAUAUGGAUCCUUUGAAUGACAAUGUCACAUCACUGCUCAACAACUCCUCCAGUCAGUUUGUCCAAGACCUCUGGAAAGAUGCGGACAGAGUGGUCGGUCUUGACACAAUAGCCAAGAUGUCCGACACCUCUAUGCCGAGCGGCUCAAAGACCAAGAAGGGAAUGUUCCGCACAGUGGGACAGCUCUACAAGGAGUCUCUGGCCAAACUCAUGACAACGCUGCACAACACCCAGCCCAACUUUGUCAGAUGCAUCAUCCCUAACCACGAGAAGAGGUCAGGAAAGCUGGAUGCCAAUCUGGUCCUGGAGCAGCUGAGGUGUAACGGUGUGUUGGAGGGAAUCAGGAUCUGCCGACAAGGAUUUCCUAACCGAAUCGUUUUCCAGGAGUUCCGACAGCGUUAUGAGAUCUUGGCUGCUAGUGCUAUUCCCAAAGGUUUCAUGGAUGGUAAACAAGCCUGCUGCAUCAUGAUCAAACAUCUGGACCUGGACCCCAACCUGUACAGGAUCGGACAGAGUAAGAUCUUCUUCCGUACUGGAGUGUUGGCCCAGUUGGAGGAGGAGAGAGAUUUGAAGAUCACUGUGAUCAUCAUUGCUUUCCAGGCCCAGGCUAGAGGCUUCCUGGCCAGAAAGGCAUUCGCCAAGAGGCAGCAGCAGCUCACAGCCAUGAAAGUGAUCCAGAGGAACUGCGCCGCCUACCUCAAACUCAGGAACUGGCAGUGGUGGAGGCUCUUCACAAAGGUCAAGCCUUUACUGCAAGUGACCCGACAGGAGGAGGAGAUGAGUCUGAAGGAGGUGGAGUUGCAGAGAGCCAAAGAAGUCGCUAUAAAGGUUGAAUCUGAGCUGAAGGAGAUCUCCUUGAAACACACAACGGUGUUGGAGGAGAGGAAUGCGCUGCAGGAACAGCUGCAGGCGGAAACAGAGCUGUACGCUGAAGCAGAGGAGAUGAGAGUUCGUCUUGCUGCUAAGAAACAGGAGUUGGAAGAGAUCCUUCAUGAGAUGGAGGCGAGGCUUGAUGAAGAAGAAGAACGUUCCCAGUCACUGCUGGUGGACAAGAAGAAAAUGCAACAGCAGAUGCAGGAAUUGGAGGAACAUUUGGAAGAGGAGGAAGACGCCCGUCAAAAGCUGCAGCUGGAGAAGGUGACCUGCGAGUCAAAGAUCAAAAAGCUGGAGGAUGACGUCCUGGUGAUGGAGGACCACAACAACAAGCUGCUGAAGGAACGGAAGCUGAUGGAGGAGAGAAUUGCAGAUUUCAGUGCCAAUCUGGCCGAGGAGGAGGAAAAAUCAAAGAACCUCACCAAACUGAAAAACAAACAUGAGUCCAUGAUCUCUGAAUUAGAGGUCCGUUUAAAGAAAGAAGAAAAGAGCCGCCAGGAGCUGGACAAGGCCAAGCGGAAGUUGGAGGCGGAAUCGAACGACAUGCAAGAGCAGAUAGCUGACCUCCAGGCUCAGAUUGCUGACCUCAAAGCUCAGCUCGCCAAGAAGGAGGAGGAGUUACAGAAUGCUUUGGCCAGGUUAGAAGAUGAGACAGCCCAGAAGAACAACGCUCUGAAGAAGAUCAGGGAACUGGAAGGACACAUCUCUGACCUGCAAGAGGACCUUGACUCUGAGCGGGCGGCCAGAAACAAGGCAGAGAAGAUCAAACGGGAUCUUGGAGAGGAGCUGGAGGCCCUCAAGUCUGAGCUGGAGGACACCUUGGACACUACUGCCACUCAGCAAGAACUAAGAGCCAAACGUGAACAGGAGGUGACCCUGCUGAAGAGAGCCAUUGAGGAUGAGAACCGAACCCAUGAAGCCCAGGUCCACGAAAUGAGACAGAAACACACCCAGGCAGUCGAGGAACUCACAGAGCAGCUGGAGCAGUCCAAACGAGUGAAGUCAACCCUGGAGAAGGCCAAACAAGGUCUGGAGAAGGAGAUGUCAGAAUUGACGAUGGAGGUGCGCUCACUGUCCCAGGCCAAACAGGAUGGGGAGAACAAGAGGAGGAAGUUGGAAGGUCAAGUGACAGAUCUGCAGUCACGCUUCAACGACAGCGAGAAGCAGAAGGCUGAGCUGGGAGAGCGCUGCUCCAAGAUCACUAUUGAACUGGACAGCGUGACAAACCUACUGAAUGAAGCAGAAGGCAAGAACAUCAAACUGAGCAAAGAUAUCGCAAGCGUAACCUCCCAUCUCCAAGACACACAGGAGCUGCUGGCUGAGGAGACACGUCAGAAGCUGCAGCUCUCCACAAAGCUCCGACAAGCUGAAGACGACAAAAACAGUUUGCAGGAGCAGCUUGAAGAGGAGGUGGAGGCCAAGAGGAAUGUGGAGAGGGUUGUGUCAACACUCAACGUCCAGUUAUCAGAUGCCAAGAAGAAGAUGGACGAAAUGACAGGGAACAUUGAGCUGCUCGAAGAGGGCAAGAAACGUCUGCAGAGAGAUUUGGAGGCAGCCAACACUCAGUUUGAGGAGAAGGCCUCAGCGUACGACAAGAUGGAGAAGACCAAAAACCGUCUGCAGCAAGAGCUGGAGGACACGCUGAUGGACCUGGACAACCAGAGACAGAUCGUGUCAAAUCUGGAGAAGAAGCAGAAGAAGUUUGACCAGAUGCUGGCUGAGGAGAAGAGUAUCUCCAGCAAAUAUGCAGAUGAGAGAGAUAGAGCUGAAGCUGAGGCCAGAGAGAAGGAGACCAAAGCCCUGUCAUUAGCGAGAGCUCUGGAAGAGGCCCAGGAUGGCAGAGAGGAGCUGGAGAGAGCCAACAAGGCCCUGAGGGUGGAGAUGGAGGACCUGAUCAGCUCCAAGGAUGAUGUGGGGAAAAGUGUCCACGAACUGGAGAAGUCCAAGCGUGGCCUGGAGGCCCAGGUGGAGGAGAUGAAGACUCAACUGGAGGAGCUGGAGGACGAGCUGCAAGCAGCUGAAGAUGCCAAGCUCCGUUUGGAGGUCAACAUGCAGGCGCUGAAGGCCCAGUUUGAGAGAGACCUCCAGGGGCGCGACGAGAUGGGAGAAGAGAAGAAGAGGCAGCUUGUCAAGCAGGUUCGUGAGUUGGAGACAGAACUGGAGGAUGAACGUAAACAGAGGACACUUGCAGCAGCAGCCAAGAAGAAGCUGGAGACAGACAUUAAAGAUCUGGAGGGACAUAUCGAGUCGGCCAAUAAAGGACGGGAUGAGGCCAUCAAGCAGCUCCGCAAGUUACAGGGCCAGAUGAAGGACUUCCAGAGGGAGCUGGAGGAUGCACGUGCUGCCCGGGAGGAGGUGCUGGUGACUGCAAAGGAGAGCGAGAAGAAGGCCAAGAGUCUCGAGGCUGAGCUGAUGCAGCUACAUGAGGACCUGGCUGCGGCAGAGAGGGCGAGGAAGCAGGCUGAAGCUGAAAGAGAUGAGCUGUCUGAUGAGCUGGCCAGCAACUCCUCUGGAAAGUCAGCCUUGGCAGACGAGAAGCGCCGUCUGGAAGCAAAGAUCUCCCAGCUGGAGGAGGAGCUGGAGGAGGAGCAGAGCAACAUGGAGAUCCUCAACGACAGGCUGAGGAAGAGCUCACAGCAGGUGGAUCAGCUGACCAACGAGCUGCAGACGGAGCGUAGCACCUCCCAGAAGAACGACAGCGCUCGGCAGCAGAUGGAGCGCCAGAACAAGGAACUGAAGGCCAAGCUCCAGGAGAUGGAGAACCAGGUCAAAUCCAAGUUCAAAUCCUCCAUCACUGCCUUGGAGGCUAAAGUGGCACAACUGGAGGAGCAGCUGGAGCAGGAGAACAGGGAUAAACAGGUCACUGCCAAGAGUUUGCGCCAGAAGGAUAAGAAGAUGAAGGACCUGGUGAUUCAGGUGGAGGACGAGAGAAAACAGGCAGAGCAGUACAAAGACCAGGCGGAAAAGUCAAACACUCGCAUGAAACAGCUGAAGAGGCAGCUGGAGGAGUCCGAGGAGGAGUCUCAGCGCGCUACAGCUGCGCGCAGGAAGCUGCAGCGUGAGCUGGACGAAGCCACAGAGGCAAACGACGCCAUGAGCCGCGAGGUCAACUCUCUCAAGAGCAAACUCAGAGGCAACCCUGAACCCAAGGAGUAACACAGCAGGCGUGGAAACGAGCCAUCCUUUGGCAGCGCUCCCAGGCGUAUGGGUGGAGGCCGGAGGGUGGUGGAGGACGCCUCAGAGGAGGAGGCCGACUCUCAGAGUGACUUCAAUGGAACAAAGUCUAUGGAGUAAGGGACAAAACAAUCACCAAAAUGAAGUCUGC